AUGGCAAACACAUUAUCAAAUGAAAAGGAAGUACCUGCUUUUGGGUGGGCAGCGAGAGACUCCUCAGGAAUUCUCUCUCCCUUCCACUUCUCUAGAAGGGCAAAUGGAGAUCUUGAUAUCACCAUAAAGAUACUCUAUUGCGGGAUAUGCCAUGGAGAUGUUCAUUUUGCCAAGAAUGAGCUAGGUCGUCAUAUCAACUAUCCCAUGGUUCCCGGACACGAGAUAGUGGGUGAAGUGAUAAAAAUCGGUUCAAAUGUCAAAAAAUUCAAAAUUGGAGACAUAGCAGGAGUGGGUCCAAUAUGUGGUUCAUGUGGUAAAUGUUCCCAUUGCUCCAAAAGUUGGGAGAAUUCUUGCCCCAAAACAAUUUUAACAUACAAUGGACAUGACUAUGAUGGAUCAAUAACAUAUGGUGGAUACUCAAAUAAAAUAGUUGUUAAUGAAAAUUAUGCUAUUAUAAUGCCAAAAGGGUUACCAUUAGAAGGUGCAGCACCAUUGUUAUGUGCUGGAUUAACAGUUUAUAGUCCAAUGAUUCAUCAUGGAUUGUGUCAAAGUGGACAACAUUUGGGUAUUGUUGGAUUAGGUGGACUUGGUCAUGUUGCAGUUAAAUUUGCUAAGGCUUUUAACAUGAAAGUUACUGUGAUAAGUACUUCUCCUGGAAAGAAAGAGGAAGCUUUGGAAAGACUUGGUGCUGAUUCUUUUUUGCUCAUCAAUGAUCAACAACAAUUGAAGGAAGCAAAGGACACAAUGGAUGGCAUCAUAGACACAGCUUCAGGCCCUCACUCACUGCACCCAUUAAUUGAUAUGCUAAAGACAUGUGGAAAAUUGAUUUUAGUUGGUGCAUCAAUUACACCUCCUGUCUUACCAUAUAUGCCAUUGAUGCUUGGGAGGAAGAUAAUUGCUGGUAGUGCUGCUGGAGGAAUGAAAGAGAGCCAAGACAUGAUUAAUUUUGCAGCAAAACACAAUAUUACAGCAGAUAUUGAAGUAAUUCCUAUGGAUUAUGUGAACACUGCUUUUGAGAGACUUGCAAAGAAUGAUGUUAAAUAUAGAUUUGUCAUUGAUGUGGCUAACACUCUUAAUGUCUCUCAUAUUGAUUAAUGGGUAUUUUAGCUUUUAUAAUA